AUCAGGAAGCCAAAUAGAACAUGGAGAUCUCAUUGCUACUAUUCCCGCUAUACCAACAUUGGUCGACUGUUAUGUUGUGAAAAGGAUGGGAUAUCAACUGAUGGUUGCUGAAAACUCUUCGACAAACUACGACCUGUUUCGUCCUUCUUGGAACUCAUCAGGAAGGCGCAGUCCCCGAAUUUACGUCAAACUUAUGUUCUUCUUGAACUCAAAUUGCAGGAAUUUGACUUUCGAAACGAUCUACUGGUCCUCAGAACUGUUGCGGUGUCAUUGGACCAUGGAACCAUCGACUUCCACGUCUGGCGAAGGUGACCUUUGCCCUUCUGACAGGCGUGGGUAUAUUUUCAUAAAGAAAACUACUCACGAGGUUGCUGAAAACACUUCGACAGCCCACGACCGGUUUCGUCCUUCUUGGGGCUCAUCAGGUUGGCACAGUCCCCGAGUUUCCGUCAACCUAAUGUUCUACUCGGAGAGUUCUCAGCAACCUUGCAAGUA